AUGGCACGAAACUUGCCAAUCCAAAACCGGUUUGUGGAAGGUCAUCAGGGAUGGCAUUGCACCACCAAUCAAAUCAGUUGUAUGUCUGCGAUGCAUUUUUCGGAUUUGGAGUUUUGGGUCCUAGAGGAGGAUUGGCAACUUGACAUAGCGUUAAGUGUUAUGGAUUCGACGGGGAGACUGUUGAAGUACGAUGCCAAAACCAAGGAAGUGACCGUUUUGUUGAGGAAUCUUUCGUUGGCAGCCGGGGUGGCAGUUGAUGAAGAAGAAAAAUUUGUCAUGGUUACCGACUUCACUGCAAACCAGACUCGAAAGAUUACACUUCAGGGUGGCAGAUCCAUCAUCGAAACCAUACAGCCAACACGAGAUAACAUUAAGAGGGCGCGAUUAAACAAGUUCUGGCUAGCGGCCGCGAGGGUAGAUCCACGAAUAGAUUCGGGUUUGUUGCCAACUGGAGUAAGGAUUAAUGGAAAUGGCACUGUUUUAGAAACAGUUAAUCUUGAGAGAUGGUAUGGAAAUAAAUCAGUGUUUGAAGUUCAAGAGUUUGGUACUAAGCUUUAUAUAGUAUGA